UACAUACAUAUUGCCUUCACAGAAUGCAGCAUCGAGUGCCAGUGCUGGAGGCAAGAACUCGACAACAAAGUCCUCGGCCUUAUUUUGCUUGUUAGCGGAUCUGGAUGGUGGACAGACAGGCAAUUCCUCUGUCAAUGCCAAUGAUCCUUUUGCCUCGCCUACGAGUGCGCAGGCGCCAGCGUCCAUAUCGCAGCCUUCAUUUGCCAAUUUUGAAAAUGCGAAUAUCUUCACGAACACUGCCGGCUCGACAACUAGCAACAAAUCAACCCCCCCGGUCCUCCUCCCUUCUCAAAUAACCCCCUGACCCCUAUGACCCCUGGUUCCUCCUCCGCCCUGCCCACAUCCUCUUCCUCUGCCAGCAGUGCAACUACAGCUCUCUCCAACAACCCUACUCAAGAUCGCUAUGCUGCCUUGAAGGACCUCGAUGAAGAGUUCAAGACACAGAAGGAGUCGGAAACAGCUUCUGGAGGUGGUGGGAGCUGGCCCGUACCUAAUGGAAACCACCAAAAUUCCUCCAGUGUAUUUGGUACUUCAUCUUCCUCCAUGAAUGGGGGUGGGACAAUGUUUGGCUCUCCAGGCUCCUCUUCUGGCAGUGUUUUUGGGACAGGGCUAGUCAAUGGCAGUGGAGGCGCUGGUGGGGGUGCAGGCGGCGUAUUUGGUACACCACCUACCAACAAUGGCACCAGUUGGGCCAACUUCUCAGGGGCUAAUCCAUUCUCAGCUGCAGCGGGGAACAGCAGCAGUGGAGGUGGAGGUGGAUGGAUGAAUGGAGGUGGAUCGUUUGGGACAGCACCACAGACGCAGCAGGGAUUCGGCUCAGUCGUUCAGCCAAGUCUUUUUGGGACAACCCCGGACCCAAACUUCAACCAGUUCAGCCCCAGUGGACCUAUGAACGGGACGGCUGCAGCGGCGGCUGCUGCUACAACCAACAACGGGGCUUGGGCCAGUUUCAGCCAGCAGCCACCACAGCAACCACAGCCCAAUCCAAAAUGCAGUGGAUGACCAGCAAUGGAACAGCAAACCCUUUCAUGGCUGCCCCACAGCUGCCUUCCAACGGCACCUCCUACAACCCGUUCCUGUGAGAGUCCUCGCAGCCUCCGCAAGAUCUUCCUACGACAGGGACAUGUCUGUGACACGUUUAUCUAUUGCCAAUGACCGAUGACCCCAGCCAUCUUUCCUUGAAUACUCAGUUAAUUUAAUGUUUUUUUGGUAAUUUAUGCAGUGGUGUUUACGGAAAAAAAUCCAUGUUGCCAAUCACAGUUCAGUUCUCGAUAUGAAAGUAUAUAAUCAUUAUGAAGAGCGGAAAGAAUAAUGUAUGAUAAUUAUAAAGACUAGAGAAGCAAAAACAAACAACUGUGAGCAACGCAGGUUUUUAGCUUAUAAGAGUUUUUAAACGCUUCAGUGUCGAGUUUAGGGUCUGAGUACCACAAUGGUCUUCUUUCCUCUUCUGUGUAAAAAGGUUAAUUAUUGGGAUCAUGGGGACUGGUGGGCAUUUUUUAUGUAGUGUAGAAAGUAAGUGCUAAAGCAUCCUCAUUGGGCUAUGACCUGCUCUUUGGUCAUGGGGAAAAGUUACAAACAACACAUUAAAUAUAAGCCUGUUGACUAUACUGAUGCAUUGUACAGAAUCAAAAUUGCCCAGAUUUUGCUGUAAUAAUCAAUUCAGUGCCCUUACUUCACAUGUCCACUCCUAUUCACCCUUCCCUUCCCCCAUUUCUUUUCUUUCUCUCCC